AUACAGCCCCUCCCUACGGAAAAGAGAGAGAGAGAGAGAGAGAGCGCUUUCUCUCUCUCUCACACACAGCUCGGCUUUGUUCUAUUUCUGUCAUCAGGGUUUGAACCGGUGCCUCUCUGUGAUCUCUCUUAAAAAUCAGUUUGCUCUCUUCCCCUGGGUUUAGAAGUGUCACAGCAAACCUUGUGCCUUUGAAUCCUUUCUUUCUCUCCUGCGUGGAGCGUUCGGGAUGUUUAAAAGGAGCAAAAGCGAAGUUUUGGUGGACGAUGAAACGUCCGAAGGAGAGGAGGACGCGCCCUGGCCUCGGGAGCGCGCGGGGAAGGAUAAAGAAUCGGAGGGAACGGAGGAAGUGCUGGCCCCCUCAACCAAGGACUCUAAGAUCAAGAAGGUGAAACCUAAGAAGGACAAAGGAGACAAGAAGCUGUUUCCUUCACAAGAUGACGAGCACUUCCUGCUCACAGGAGUCACGGUCUCGCACAGAAAAGGAUCUGCUAAGAAGAGCCUUGAGGAAGAGAAGGAGAAGAGUAAAGUGCACUCAGAGAAAGACCGUGUCCACUGCCUUUGGGACAGCAUCACCAUGACCAUGCGUCAGAUCACUCCAAACCGGAAGAUGGACAGGAUGGAGGGCUGGGAGCCGCCACAGUCGAGCGACGAAGCGGAGGGGAAAAGGAGCGACAGUGAGGGGAAGAAAAGCGACUCUUCUCCGCUCUCUACCGGGCUCUCUCUCUCUCUGCCUGGCUCUCUGACCUUACCGUCCUGGACGGGCAUUGGGUCAGAGGAAGACUCUUCACGCUACGCCAGCCUGAGCGAGCCCCAGGCCACAGGACCCUCUCAGUGGGCCGCUCGUGCUCGAGACAAACUGGCGGCUGUGCGACGCCGCAGUCCCGGCAGCCAAUCAGAGAGUGCAUGGGAGGGGCUUAAGUGAGAAAUGAACCAACCACCUCCUCCAUAGACCCCAUAUAAUGCCGAACACUCAAGCGCAUGGAAAUGGAAAUAUAAUUCGGAUCAAAAAGCAUGCACAGAAGCAAAAAAUAAAAAAAAUAAAAUGGAAGCAAAAAACCCCCCCAAACCCACUGGAAGCAGGUGAACUGAAUGAAUGAAUGAAUGAAGUGCCCUUCUGAGUGUACUUGGCAACUCUAAAACGAUACAGGACCCUCAUCAGUAAGAUCCUGUGGCUUUUUAAACCAGAAACAGCCAGAAUGUGACUGUUAGUUUGUUUUGAAGGAGUUUCUGGAUGGACUUCACCACAUCUGCUGCCUUUUUGACCAGUGACGCAAGACUGUGGCACUGAAAUGCUUAUCGUUAGACCAAACAGUUUAAUAUUGAAUCUUAAUUGCAAUCAGCCUUUAAUCUUUAAACAUUUGAUCAAUUAUUUGGACGCCUUGUUUGUCUGAAGGUUGCCUGCGCUGCUCAAAGCCACAGACAAGGGGCGACGUAAGACGACUGUGCCUUAUAUGCUCUGAAACAGAUCGGGAUGUGAUGUUGCGUUAUGAUUAGUACUGAUUAGAUGAAGUAGAGAAAGUGAUGGAAAUCAUUGAAACAAUGCCUUAUACCACCUGACUGUGAACACAACACAGUAUUGUACCUUCACUGAUGCUUUAGUUUUAUUCAGCAUCCCAGAAAACGAGUCUCAUUCAACACUUCAUGCUGUGGGUACAAGCUUUCAACUCAGCAACUCAGGCGUUUUAAUAUAAGGCAGUGCAGAUGGAGAUGAAAAUGCAGACCUGCUGACCUUUCUGGAUCACAGCUUCCUUCCUGUUUUAGUUGUGACAUCAGAGUGCGGUGGUGGAUGAGCCGCCGGAAAUAUGUGAAUCUGGAAUGGCUGAAAAUCGUGGAGGGUUUUUUUUUUUAAUCUGAUGUUAACUGAAUCCCCUGGAAGCCCUGCCCCAUCCCCUCCCCCUCAUGUUGCAUUAUCAUUAUUAAUCUCGACUUGAUUUUCUUGCUGAAAACGUGAGCGGAUAUGCAGUGGCAUGACGUUCAAAGUAAAAUUAGCCUAUUAAUAUGCAAUCAAAUCUAUCUGUGUUUGACUUGGCUAACAUAGGCUAACGUUAUUGACAAGUAUAGAGUCAACGUCAGUUAAAUAUUUGUUAUUCCAUGAAAUCGAGUCGUACAUGAGCUGAUGGUUGGCUAUGAUCCAUGUACGACGAGAUUGAGUGGAAUAACUGUUUUAUUCUGUCCACAUUCACUGGAUUUUGAGAAACGGAGCCUUUAUUUUUUGCAAAUUCUAUAAAUAAAAACUUUAUACAAAAUGUCUGACAAUCAUUUCUGCUUAGAAUGUAAACAAACCGGUGCAACGACGGGAACAAUUUGUGAAAAAAAAAAAUGUGAUAAU